AUAACAGCACAGAGCCUCUGCUCCAACAACAGGAGCUCAGACCCAAACUGCAGUGCGGCACAUGGUCACAGGCAACAGACUCGGAGAGGCUGAGUUACCCAGUUUCGAAUCAGAGAGUCGGGAGAGUCGACUUGUCUAGAACAGAUUGUCCCUCCCAUCUGCCUGAGGACUCAGCACCAGCUGCCUGGCCUCGUCCCCCCACCAGUCUUCACCAGCUCUCCCUCCCUCUCUUGUUCCCCCCACGCCCCAGCAAGCAUCAGCAGAGCCCCCCACCACCAUGAACACUUGCCAGGGCAUGAGGGGCUUCCCCAGGAGCCACCGGCCUCCCCCAUCGCAGACAGUCCUGUACAUGACUUUCGGGAUCGUGAGCGCCAUCUUGUUCAUGGUGCUGUCCCUGGCUCUGACCCUGAUGAGGUUCAUCUACCGGCACAACGGCAUCCACAACCUCGAAGAGCUCAGAGCCACCGAGAACGUCAUUGCAAGCCGGAGGGGAGAGUUCGCCAGGCAGGGGGUGGUAGAUGAAAGCAAACAGGAAUUCUUCAUCUGACAGGGGAACACUGCUGAAAGUGAGGGGAACCAACAAGAACCUACUCCAAUGGCUGAUGGCAAACGGCCAGCCUAGCGUUCCAGGUAACUGGUAAACCUUACCCAUUACUACCUAGAAACACCCUUUGUAUUUCUCUAUUGCUAUAUUGGGUAACACUUUACUUGCCCAUGUUUUUAGUAAUUUAUAAACACAUUCAUAACAAAUAAUUUUGCAUUCAUAAAGCAUUAUAAACAUGGCUAGAAAUAUUCAUCACAACUCGUAACACAUUAUACGCAUGUGUAUUACACAUUAUGACUUCCUUAUGAAGCUCUCAUGUAUAAUGCACU